GUUUAAAUAAGAUGACCUGAGUUAAGGACUUUGAACUUGAGGAAUGUGUAGCACAUUGUGUCUAGGAAGUGAGAUGUGUAAUACGAAAAUUAUAAGAAUGCCAUUAUAAUACCGUAACACAAAUUAUAAAAACCUCAAAACCAGAUGUUCUUCAUACUGAAUUAUCUAUGCCGAAUAAAAUUAUCGCGCCUGAUUAAAUUUCUAUACUUUGCAUUUCUUUUAAUAAUUCUUUAUUUUUUAAUUAAGGUAUUUCAUUAUGAAAAGUCUCAAAAAAUUAUUUUAUGGUGGACACCUUUCAUGCCAAAUUAUGAUAGGAUAGUAAAAUGCCAGCCUGGCGGAUAUAAAUGUAUACUAAGUAGUAAAAGAGAAUAUUUGCAUGACAAUAAACUGGGUGCGUUGAUGUUUUAUGGAAGCAAAAUUCUUAAUCAUGAUUUUCCUUUGCCAAGAAACGAAAAAAUUCCUUGGGCAAUUUUUCAUGAAGAAUCUCCAAAGAAUUAUGGUCCCAUAUUGUUUAAAGAAACACAAGACUUAUUUAAUAUUACAUCAACAUUUAGCCAAAACAGUGAUUUUCCUGUAACUUUGCAGUAUUUUGGAAACUUAAGUCUUCUGACAGAUGAAAAAUAUUUUGUCUCCUUGGAAGACAAAAAUUUGUUUUUGAAGCAACUUUCGCCAGUAUUAUAUAUACAAUCAGACUGUGAUACCCCUAUUGGAAGAGAUUAUUUUGUAGAAGAAUUAUCGAAAUAUAUAAAAAUUGAUAGUUAUGGUAAUUGCUUGAAAAAUAAGGAGUUUCCAAAAGGAUUAUCAAAAUUAUAUCCCUUAGAUGUUUACAAUGAGGAAUUUAUGAAAUUUAUAGCGAAAUACAAAUUUAUAAUUUCUAUUGAAAAUGCUGCAUGUGAAGAUUAUGUGACAGAAAAAUUUUGGAGACCACUCAUUGUUGGUAGUAUACCCGUUUAUCUAGGCGCUACCAACAUAAAGGAUUGGAUGCCAAACAAGAAUUCAGCUAUUUUAGUGACGAAUUUUAAAAAUGCUCAAUCUUUGGCAGAAUUCAUAAAAUAUGUAAAUGAAAAUGACACUUUAUAUAAUGGUUUUUUAGCACAUAAAACUCUAAAGAAAAUAGAAAAUAACAUGUUGAAAUCUCAAAUUUUAACAGAUAAUCCCAUAACCGAUUUUGAAUGUUAUGUUUGCACACAUAUACAUGAACAGAUGAACGAUUACAAAAUAGAAAACAAAAAUAUUUAUAAAUGUCCAAAACCGAACCCAAACAACAGAGAAAACACUUGGGAUCAACAUUGGGAUAUAGGAAGAUGUCAAUCAAGAGCACUUAAACUUUUGAUAAGCAAGAAUGUAUCCUAUACAGAAGAAACAUUCGAAGAAACUUGGAAGUAUCUUUAUUACAACAAAAAAUGCUAUUAAAUUUGUUUAUUCUUCGACCUAAUUCUCCAUACGGAUGCUUCCAAAGCUGAAUCCGGUGUCGGUCGCGCAGUUACUACAAAUCACGAACUCUUAAGUUCUUUCCGCUUACCCUCGACGUGUAGUGUUUGCACUGAUGAACUAUACAGUAUCCUUCAAGCUUUCAAAUUUAUCUGCCCUUUCCAUAAACAUAUCACCUUAUGUAAUGACUCUCUUUCAUCCAUACAGUCAAUUACAACCAUAUUUACCGAACAUCCAAUAGUCCAAAACAUUCACGACAUCUACUCUCAUUGCUCUUGAUAUAACAGCCUUUCUCAUCUGGCUUCCAUCGCACACUGGAAUUACUGGAAACGAAUCUACAAAUCGUCAUGCCAAAGAAACCACAAAGAAUCCUCCUUCAAGUUGCCAAUGAUCUGAAAACUAACUUCAAAAACCUCAUUCAAAAAUCUUAGCGCUAUAUUUGGGGUAAAAGUACAACAGCUUUACAUAAUAUCCAACCAUCUACUUAUCACCUUUCCUUAAACUUUUUGAAUAGGAGAGAAGCUGUGAUAAUAACUCAUUAACCACACAAAACUUCCUGACGCUAUUUAAUCAGAAAGUAAUCCUCUCUGACAAAGUUGUCACGUUCCUGUGUCUGUUAAGUACAUCCUCAAGGAGUCACAUAGAGCUUCUUGGUGAUGGAGUUGUGCGUGGAGUGUUCGGGCCUGAAUCCGAAUUGGAGUUUUAGAAUUGUAUUAUGCUCGGUACAGAAGUCCCAGAUUUUGUCUUUGAUCACACGUUUAAGGACUUUACCCAGGACGCUGAUGAGCGAUAGAGGGCGGUAAGAAUCAGGUGUGGAAAUAAUAACAGUGCUGGCGGAUUUCCAGAAUUGGGGAAAGUAUGAAUAUGCCAAUCAAGCGCUAAAUAGGCCUCAGAGCUGGAGGAAGGCUGUCUCUGCCAGGUUUUCCAAUACUUGCUUGAGAUUCCGUUCCGCCCGGGAGCGGAGCUCCUCCCAGCUCGGCAAAACGACUUAACGACCUCGAUAGAGAAGGGUACGUGAAAUGGGAUGUUCUCUUAGGUGGGUUAUUCUGUGGGCGCUCCGGAUUAGGUGCUGAAUUAGGUUAUUAGUUUCUUCGGUAAAUGCUUUUAGGAAAUUUGGAUUGUUAGCUGGAGCAAAGACAGUUUUAUGUCUACAACAAUAAUCUACUAGCAUACCUGGAAGGCAUUUUCCUUGAUAGCACUUCUCAGUUGAGGAAAUUUCCUGUUGGAACCUCUCGUCUUGUUCGUCAGUCACUGCACCCAAAUUUGCUGGAAAGAAAUCCAUGACAAAUUACCCACAAAGCUUUAUUUGAUAUGAAUUAAUUUAUUGAAUCUUUUUUUUUUGACAUUUUGGUAGAAGUUGGUUUGAUGAUGGAUGAUGGUAAAAGUUUAAAAAACAGAAUAACUCGCGCAAGUCGAUAAAUUACUAGAGAACAAGCACAGGCAACAUUUGAGCAAUUCCGAAAACGCAGAUAUGGGGAGAUUAGGGGGACCUAACAUUGAAUCUGAGGUUUAUAAAGAGUCCAGCUGUAUACGAUGAAUAACAGUUCAGAAACGUUCCAAAAUGCCGCUGGAGAUAAAGGGCAUUGUAAGAAUGUAUGUAGCAAUGGUAGAUGAAUACGUGUAUGAGCAAAAAAUUUAAAACCUAAUUCAUUAUCGAAGAUUUCAAUGACUUGAGUUGUACAAACCAGAGAAAUGUCGUAAGUAAUAUUUGGUGCUUCCUUUAAAAUCUACCCUGACACUUUUUCAUGUAUACAAAUUGUUUUCCUUAUCUUCACCCCCCCCCCCCCAGUUCAUAGUAGAAUAGUGGACAGCCAAUGGCUGUUAAGCACGUAGGCUUUCUGAUAGGUCCGUCAUCCUCCACUUGAAAUUAUCUUUUGACGAAUUGGAAUAUGAUUCCUAACCAGUUGAACAGGAAAAACUGCCAGACGGAGACCGCAAGAUGCCCCUAGUGACUGAGUCAAUAAAAUCCAGUAGCUGUUCUUUCAUGAAACCGUUAUCGGGUGGUCCCGUUCGACUCACGGCCAUCUGUGGAUUCGAUCGUCUUUCUGUUUUCGCAUAGAGAAACAGGAUUUAUAAUAAUCCCUACCCUUGCAAAGCUCUUGGAAUUUCGCUAGGUUUCCCGCAGGCAUUGUUUGCGACACCUGAUUAAGGCUCAGGUACCAUGUCAACGUUUGCGCGCCCGAGGAAGGCGGUCGCUAGGCUCUCUCACUAACAUCAAGAUCCAACAACUCCUACUACUACCCUUCGUAGUUUGCAAGGAUUUUUAUUUAAUUAUCACUAAUGAGUGACAAGUCGGGUUUCAAUUUCAUAGUAUAAUAUGAAUUGGAAAUUAUAAUUGACAACUGAUUUCGAAAUUUGCUAUAAGUACUCAGAUGUUGAUUCUAAACAACUUCUCCCCAAAAAAUGUUCUCCUUAUUUCCUUCCUUAUUAGACACAAAAAAUAUGUUUUGUGGAAAAAAGUUGGAAUUUCUAGAGACCGUUGGUGAUAUUCAUACUGAAUACACUAGCUGCUUUCCAUUUACAUUUAACUGAACUGAGACACUCAGUUAUGUGAGUAUUUUAUACACAGAUAAUGACGUCAUUGUGCAGAUUGCUGGUAAAAACUCUUGGGUCUUAUUUGGGAGACGGAAAAGGAACGUACAUUAAACGACGUCACAAGUCAGAAUAAUCUGAGUUUUGAUGUUAAUGGAAAGCAGCUACUAUUCACACUUCUACUACACCAAAGGUUUGUUCUUGGUAGCUGUACUGGAACUGGGCCAGUGCAGACCAGUUCAUGAGUGUAUAGAAUUAGUUCGAUCGGAUACAAAAAACGAUUUAGUAUAGAGAGCAAUGGAGCAUUUGUUGACUGUUGUAUUUGAUGUGAUUCAGGCCUUGUAGUAUUAAGAAUAACGGAAAACAAUUUAGUACUUUUUAAUAUUUUACGUCCGAUGACGAAGAUGUAGUGCUACCGUUUCCAGAUUACAUUGUAUUGCACUGCGCUGACUGAACUAAUUCUAGACCCGGUGUAAGAAGUACAGUGAACUAGGUAAACUAGUUAUCUUGCACUGCUGCUAGGAACAGCGACACUAGCGCUGAUUCUGCUACAAAUAACGUUUUAGUGUACACUUCCUGAACUCUUUCUGCAAGUGCAGCUACCAAGAACAAACCUUAGCACUCACAAUUACAUUUUACCUUCAGUUUCUGAAGACGAUAACUUGGUUAUCGAAACUGGGGUCAGGCAGUGUAUAUUGGUGUAGUGGUAGUGUAAAUAUUGUGCUCAGUAUUCUUGAUUUUUCAAAACUUAAGUAAUUUUAGAAAUUAGUUUUUUGUCAAGCAAGUCUAAACUCAAAAAAUAAAAGAAACGAUAAUGUUUUAUCUCUUAAAAGAUUCGUUUCAUCUUUGUAGAUAGAAUCAGGACCGGAUCAAGAUUUAUAAGGCCCGGGGCUUAAAUAAUGAUAGGGCCCCCUUAAGGAAUUCAGAAACCCGGAAAAAUUUAUUAAUUAUAUCAAAUAUUUUCUGUGCAAGUAUAAUGUUUUCCAAAAGAUGGGGCCCGCCGUUAUACCCCCCCCCGGCCCAUAGCUUAAUCCGGCCCUGGAUAGAAUUAAUUAUUAAUUCACUAAUGACGCCUUCUAAAGGAUUUAAAAACUUUAAAAAAAUUAACAAAAAAAUUUGCACAUACCUAAAUAAGUUGAGAUUGGCCAAUCACUCUUUUAAUAUAAAUAAUCAAGGUCAUCCGUUUUGAACUAAGAGCGACGACUUGACAUAUUAUAUCGAUUAAACUUGUUAAAAUUAUAACAUGAAAAAUAAUUCAAUGCAAAUGUUUUGUUAGAGAAUUAUAAACGCUGCUAUAGUAACGGAGUUAUGUUUAUUAUAUCAGGUUUGACAUUACUAUCCAAAAAAUAUCAGUAUUAUUAAGACAGUUCCAUUUUAUAAAAUCUCCCGAUUAUUCACCAUUUGUUUUGGAAAAUAUUUAUGGCUACAGCCCCCAGAGAUGGAAUUCGUAUCUUAAACAAGUUAAACGAUUGCACUAUAUGCGACAGCAUACAGAAUAUAGCUCCUUCUCCGACACUUUGUGAUUUACACGAUUUAAAAAAUCAAAGUACUUCAAAUGAGUGUGUGGACAUUCAAAAUUCGAACAAUAAAAAGGAAUCACCUAAUGAAGAUUCUGAUAGUGAAGACUCCCAAGUAAGUUAUGUCGAUGACUUUGAGGAAGCUGGUGUUUCAGAUAACAGUAUAAAUGACGAUAUCCACAAUCUCGUCACGGAAAGUCGAAAUACAUUUUGCGCUUCUACUACUCACGAUGUAAGACAUAAUCGUACAUUUCCAGAUCCAGAAUUGAGGGAAAUUGAAAGAAAUAAUGAAAUAUUAAUGAAAAAAA